GCAGCAGAAGCCUCUGCGGGCAGCGUGCGGUGCCGGGGAGCAAGGCCAAGCCUCCAGCUUCCUUUAGGUUUGCAAGAAGCAGGUUUUGAAAGAACAUCCUCCUGCAAGCGGGGUUGCAGCGAGUUGUGCAAGGCGAUUCCCAGCAGCGUCAUGGCCAACACCGGGGGAGCCCGGGACGGGGAGCGGGAGCCGCUGCCGAGCCAGGAGCUGGAGCCCCCCAAGCCCCCACCGCUGCCAGGGAAAACUCAGAGGGCCGGCGUGCACGUCCGCUGCAGCAGCCUGGACCUGGGUGCCCCCGGACCGCCCGCCCUUAUGCUGGACACCCCGGGGGGGCGCCCGCCUCGGCCCCCCGACUCAGCCCUCAUCUACAGCAACGUUGGAGAGCUGCGCGCCCACCUCGUCCCCUGCAAGGCUAGCCGAGGGGAAGGAGCUGGGAGAGCCCCCUCUCAGCCCGACCGGGCCCCCCUGCCUCCCCCCUUGCCAAAAAAACAGCUCCAGCGAGCAGAGUCCCUCCCGGAGCAAGGGCCAUCCUGGUGCUGUCGGGGUGACCCCACACCAUGGGCCGGCAGCAUCCUCUGCAGCAUCCCACCAUCCCAUCCGCGGCACGAGGACGGGGCUCCUGGCUCCAUCCCCCCAAGGGACGGACCCUCCUGGGGACCCAAGAAGCCCCUGACCAAGUCCCAAAGCCUGAGGGAGCCGGUGGCCCAGAGCAGCCUGCAAAACGCCCCGUCGCUCAGCCCAGCAGAGCUGACGUUUGGGACGGCGGACGGGGAGCUGGGGCAGCUCCUGCAGCUCCUGGAGAGCCCGGCCGGGGUGUGCGGGGUGGUGCUGGGCUGCCAGGCGGCCGCCCUGGCCCGGCUCUCGGCUCGCAUCCAGGAGGAGCUCAUGGGGCCGGAGGAGCGGCAGCAGCUGCUGCAGGCAGAGCUGGCAGGGAAGAGAUGGGCAGCGCUCAGCAUCCUGGACCGGGAGCCGUGCUGCGAAAGCGGGGAUGCGUGGUAUUUCCGGGUGGGCUUCGCUUUUGAGCAAACCCAGCUGGUGUUUGCAGCCAAGGUCCCCAAGACGUGCUGUGCCACCCUGGGGGUGCAGAGCUCCCUUGGGGCGCACUGCAGCAUCCAGCGCCUGAUCGGCCGCUUCACCGACCACCUCCCUCAGGAGCUGGUGCUCCCGGGAAGCCCUGGGGAGCAGAGUCAGUCCCCUUUCCGAGAAGAGCCAGCCCGUCUUGCCACCCACCCUGUCCUGCAGGUCCUCAUUUCUCCUGAGGUUCCCUACCAGACCCUGGCAGACUUUGUGAAGGGAUCCCACAGUUUGCACAGGACCAGCCCUGGGCACUACGAACGCCUGGCUUGCCUCCUCCUCCUGCAGGUGUGCAUGGGGCUGGAGCAUCUCCGGGUGCAGAACGUGGGGCAGGGGGACCUCUGCCCCAAGAACCUGCUGCUGGUGCAGUGCCCAUGUCCUCCUUGGAGCCAGCAAGGCAAGGAGGCAUCCCUGGGGCUGUCCCUUCCAAGGCUGCUCAUCAGCAGCUUCUUCAAGGUUAAAGACAAGCGAAGAUCUUCUACCAGCCAAGAGCAGGACUGGACCGAGGGGCUUGCUGCACUACCCUCCCUGGUGGCAGAUGAGCCGAAUGUGGGCAUGCUGAUCUAUCAGAUCUUGCAUGUGGACAUCUCUCUGGAGAACGCCUUGGGGUUCAGAAGCAAUAGACUUCCUGAAAUUCCCUCCCUGUCCAUCUAUUCCACGGGACUCAAGCGUCUGGCCACACUGCUUCUCCACAGAGAUCCCUGCAAGAGGGUCUCCAUCGAGCAGGCAAGGAGCAUCCUGCAGGUCCUGCUCUGGGGGCCUCGCCAGGAGCUCUUCGCCAGGAGCAAGAAGACCCUCACCCUGCUCCGGAGCUGGGUGGAGGUGAAGAGGGCUCUGCUGCUCCUGAAGUUUGCGGAGAAUUCGGCUGGGGCGGUGGGGAUCCCCGGCCUCGAGGAGUGGCUGUGCUGCCAGUACUUCAAGGAGGUCACCGAACACACGCUCUACCAAGUCACCCAGGCUCUCUACACUCCCUAAAGGCAAGCUGAAGUUCAGCCCACCCAAAAGGUCUCCUCAAAGCCAAGGGCCCACGAGGACCUGGCCAAAUCCACCAGCUCACAAGGAACCCCAGUGGGUCCUGGCUGGGAAAACUCUGUUUGCAAACCCGAACCCGCUUCCCCCACAGCACGUGAACGAUGAAGCUGGGGCCAAACUCCCACCCGUGGCUCCCACAACGCAGGGUAUGUUUUUACCCCCGCGACCGAUUUUUGUUUGAUACUGUGAGUCCCGUUUAUCGGAGCAUCUCAGGAAAGACAGCUGGAUGGAAACCCCAGGAUCAAGCACCAAUUUAGUGGUUGAUUAUCCCGAGUAAAGUUUAUGGGGCUUAGACUUUGCACAACCCCCCCUCAGACCCCUCCUGCCUCCACAGGGCUUUCGCUGUUUUAAAUAACACCACAAAGCCACACAUGACAGCUCACCUUAAUGCACCGUUCGCAAAGGAGAAAUACAAUACCUUGUACAGCCUGCUCUUUUUAGAAACAAUUUGUGGCAUAGUCACAAAUAUAAAUGACAUUUUAAAGGGGGAAAUACAGCAGCCACACAGCUUCAAUAAAACCCAGAUCUGAGCCUCUUAAA